AUGGCAGAUCCGCCCAUCGAUCCCCUCGAGGGCUUACAUUAUAUAUAUCCCGCCUUCAUCUUCACGUACUUCAUGGUAUCCACCAUCGUAUCCGUAUGUCGCGAGGACGUCAUUGUCGGCUGGCUCUCAUGCUUUAUGGUGUUUGGUAUCCAAACAGCUUCCCUAGCGAAGACUGAACACCCUGUAUGGUACCCUCUUUGCGGCUCCUGGAUCAUUGCAACUCUUUUCGAAGUGCUUUUGGCCACAUUUUACUUCAUCUAUCCUCACAAGCUUCUGUCCGGACUACCGUCAUUCCUCUACGUGGGCUUUUCGUCUUUCCGCGCUGUCCUUUUCGUUGCCUUGGCACUCACAUACUUCCUGCGACGCGAUAGUCCAGAUUCUACGGACAUAAGCGACGAAGAGUCACAACCCCUGCUUGCGGAAGAUAAUGUUAACAACGAGGCUCAGGCUUCUGCUAAUGGCCAGGCCGGGAGUCAAAACCAAACAUCUGGCUACGGAGCCACCCAAGCGAGCAAGGUAGCAGCGAAUAAACAGCCCGUGGAACUUCCAUACGAGAGACGGCUGAGAGAAGGCCGAGAGAAGAUGGAAAAGCGGCUUCAAGAGGAUGGCAACUGGUUCACCUACAUCAAAAGUUUGCUAAUCUACUUCCCACUAGAGUACUACUCGCGGGACGCCUUGAUAACUGCAGCCUAUCGCCACAUCCUCAGCCUCUCCGCCGAUUUCCAUGAUUCGCAGAGCACUUCGGACACAAUUUUGGCCAUACGGGGCGGCGAAACCAUUUCCUCAAUGGUCGAUAAACUGGCAUUUUCGGCCUUCCCGCGUAUUGUAGAUCUUAUCAUUGCCAUCAUCUACCUGUCUCUCAAGUUUGGUCCGUACGAAGGUUUCAUCACCAUCUCAACCGCGGUCUGCUAUCUACACGUUGCGGGAAUCCUUGUGGAUGGUAUGAAGGAAGCUCGACGGGAUCAAGUGGCAUCAUACUACGAUAAGAACAACCUCCUUCAAACGGGAGUGGAAGGCUGGCAUACCGUGACUGCCUUCAAUCAAACUGGGUACGAGGACAGCAGGCAUGCCGACGCCGUCCGGACGUACACAGCAAAGACCAAGGUUCUCUACUUCAAAUGGUUCAGCAUCCACGCCCUCCAGUCCCUGGUGCUCCUUGCCGGUCUCCUCUCUGGCUCGUUCCUGGCCGUUGCUCGGAUACAGAAUGGCAAGGCGACUCCGGGUGACUUCACAAUGCUUUUGAUGUACUGGAGCCAACUGACGGGCCCUUUGGUGUUCUUCUCCUCGCUCGGAAAACAAGUCAGCAACGACCUCAUCCAUGCCGAGCGCCUCUUAGACAUGAUGUAUAAGAAGCCAACAAUUACGACUAAGAGGGGAGCUCGACCACUGUUGUAUAGCAAGGGUGAGGUGGAAUUCGACAAUGUCUGCUUUGCUUACGAUAACCGGAAGAACAUCAUUGAUGACUUGACAUUUACCGCCCCAGGAGGCCAGUGCAUCGCCUUCGUUGGCGCGACCGGGGCGGGAAAGUCGACUAUACUCAAACUCCUUAGUCGGCUCUAUGACGUUACAAGCGGCACGAUUAGGGUAGACGGGCAAGAUAUCCGAGAGAUCGAUUUAGAGAGAAAACUUUCGGGAGGCGAACUUCAACGAGUGGCUAUUGCAAGAGCCAUGUUGAAAGACCCGGAUCUCGUGGUUCUUGACGAAGCAACUAGCGCGGUUGAUACCGAUACCGAACACAAGAUUCAGCAAUCUCUCGCCCGGCUUUGCGAAGAGCCAGAAACCGCUGAAGCGGAACUAAGCAAGAUCCACGAGGCGAUGCGAUGUGUGGCAAAAGGACAAGACAGCGAGUCUGAGGGCAGCCAAAAGGAUGAGGAUGCAUCCACUUCUGGGGAAACUAAAUGCGAGCCGACUGAAAUCAAUAUCGCCAUGUACCGCCGCCCCGAGUACUCGCGCCGGGCACAGUCCCGCAGUGAGCCUGGGUUGCGACGAGCCGAGUCAGACGAGGGCCAUGGGGCGCCCGUUUAUAAUACCUUCCAGGGCAAAAGGCACCUUACUUACCUCAUCUCAGACUCGUCGUAA